AUGGAGUACAGAAAAUGCCAUCAUAUUACCGCACAAAACAUAACGGAUCCACAAAAAUCUACCAAGGAAGAGGACCUCUUGGAUAUGAUGAACUUUGUCCAGGUAAUAGUAAGUUUAAGAAAGCGACGAUUUUUUCAACACGGACGUCAUUGUUAGACGACAUUUUGCAUCAUCUUAGCACUCGUCGUGUAAGGAAGCAAAAAACUUUAGAAUCUUAUGUUUUGUCAUUUGUGUUCAAGAUUACUAUGGUGAACUGACACAAACACAGUUUUUAAUCCAGUCACCCCCAACCCCUCCCCCCAACGGCAAUCAUGACGUCUGUCGUGACCAAAACGUCGCAGACUUACUGGAAGUAAUAAUAAACUGAAUGGUCAAUGGCCUCUUUUCCUUAACAAAGUAAAAGUCUAUGAACUUUCUCAAUUUACAUGGCAUUCAUAAUCCGGAUAAGACUGCAUGCUCGUGUCUUUGAUAUAGGUAUAAAUGUGUAACAGAAGCUUUGUGGACAGAUGGGUGCCAAACAGAACUCUCGACUAACAAAACACUAAGCUGUGGAAUACCAUAGGAAGAAUUUGAACGUGCCGAAGAUAUGAGGUGCAUCAGGUGAAUAAUAGUUUUGAAGCUCCUUGACUGCUUGAGUCUUCCUCAUUUAACAACGAUCGAAGUCACACGAUUCUCUUUAUUAAACAACACUGUCUUUCAUGAAAGCGAAGUAAAAGUAUUGUAAGCAAAAAAAGGAUAAUAUCACUAUGUUAGCUCACUAGAAGACAGUCUUCUUGCAAGAAAAACAGAUAAAACAUGACUCCGGCAACAACUCUAUUUAGAACUUUCAACUAUCGUUACCUUUUUAAUUUUACAUUUUUCUAGGAGGAUGGGUGUCCGAAACCUGCCCUCAUAAUAGGAUUUACGCCAUUUAAGUUUGUUCUAAGAAGCGAAGGUUCACGAGAUUACUGUUAUUUACUGCGAUCGUUGAAGUUACCGCCGACAAUAAAUGUGUCUGAUAUUCCAAAUCGUCUGGCAACAUUUUCGAACCGAGUAACGCCUAACUUCUUUGCUCCAAAUGAUGGGCAGUUGUUUUCUUCAGCACCAGAAAAUGUCACAAUGGUAAGUGAAAGGGAAAAUUCAAAAACAACUAGAAUGCAUGGGCUUAUGUUUCGGCAAACACAGCUAUUGACCAAAAUGUUCACCCUGGAAUAACAGAGCGAUACUCCCUCUACGAUCAAGAAUGGAAUCGUUAACCGCAGGCCUUGGGUUCAUCAUAUUCAAGAAGUGCGUGAUUUCUCUUAUUAAAGAACUGAUGCAGCUGUUCGUCUGACUCGCUAAGAUUACCAACAAUGCGUAACAUGUUCUCGUACGAAAACAUAUCUGCCGAAAGGAGUGAAUUAUUUAAGUCCCUGAAUGGAGAUCUAUUUUUCGACAUGAAACUCUGGCCCGUGUGGAUAAAGCCUUUGUUCUGGAAAAAGCCAUUGGGCGACGAAGGCUCAUUUAAAUUGUUGUGUAUCUUCACUGGCAAUGGUUGUUCCCCAAUCGUUACUGCGAAGUGGAUAUUAACUUCUCAAUUUUGGCAUUCCCAAAACAUCGUAAAGACCAAAUUAGAAAAGAGAACAAUGCAAAUGAACAGUUUUUUUGCUCAUCUUCCGAAUAGAGAACAUGAAUGGUUUUAUGUUGAUAUGUAUCAUAACUUGUAUUUACACAUGAAGGGUAAUAAAUGCAUUUGUCAGAAUUCAAAUAAAUAAGUAUAUAAUUGUUAAUGGUUUGUUGUAAUCCUAUUUUGGCUUUCAUCUCUUUUUUAACGCGAAGAUCCCUUUUUUGGCGUGAUAUCUAUUAUCGUCGAGAAAAAUAUCAUAAUGCGAAUGCAGAGCAUUUUGUAAAUUUGAGUAAAAUAAAAUUAUUAUUCAUGCAGUUCUAAACUAAAACGCUGUGAAUUUAAUCGUAAUUGUUGAAAUAAACUGCAUGCUAAUUCCAACGGCAACGACAUUCCCGAAUAUCGAUAGAAUUACUAUAAUACAAUCAAACAUUAUAUGCGAUCGCCUAAAUACUGUUUCCUGGCUGUAAUAUGAAACGAAAUAAACAUUGUUUAUAAAAUGCAUAUGCACGGAUACCUCAUGCAGUUUUGUUUCAAGCCGCGUGUUUGCACGGGCCAAAUCAAGGUAUAAUUGCACUGUUUUUAUUGUUACACUUGCCUCUUAGAACACGCAUUAGUGGAGGCAGAUUGUCUUGUGCAUGUAAGCAAGGCCGAGCUUCGCAGUGUAAACACUAGUCUUGGUUCAAGUCCGUCUCUCAUGGGGUUGAAAAUAGCGAUGCACGCGAGCGGUCAAAAAAGGCGCGAAAAUAUGAGAGAAAAGUAGGGAGAGACUAACCUGGGGCCGAUUGUAUAAAAAAGUGAUUAAAGUUAACUAUAGUUAGUGGAAACGUCAUCCAAUAAAAAGCGCGUAUUUGAGAGUUAAUCACUAUUUAACUACAAAAUAGUGAUUAAAAAAGUGAUUAAGAGUUUUAUACAACGGCCCCUGGUUAUUUCAGCAGCGAACGAAAAAGAGUUAACUACUUUUUAAGUGCAGUUAGCGCUAACUACGUUUUUAUACAACCGGCCCCUGAAGUUCAGCCCUAAUUUGAAAUAGGGCCUGACACAAAACCUGUCUGGACCGUGGGACGCACAUGCACAUGUUAUUUUUAUACACAACAUGCAAUAUGAUUGACAAGUGUUGUAGAUUUCGUUACACAAAAAAUUUAUAUUCUCAUGAAUUAACAUGUCAGCAGAGUGUGCAUUAAACUUAAAAAUUCAAGGUACUUUUAUAUAAUUAAGAGUUAGUUUCUCCAUUUAACCGAACAGCAAACAAAGAUUUAAUUAGUCAGUUCUGUGCACGGCUUGACUGCCAAGCUUUCUCAAGGUCUCAACUUGCUGGACGCGGAUAUACUCUAACGACUAACGGGCUAACAACAGCAACAAUGAAAUUCUCAAUCGUACCACGAAGAAGGCGAUGUAGCUCAGAAAACAACGCUGGUAGGACCUGAUAUUAAAAAUAAGACUGUUGCCGGCGAAGCCAGUUGGCAGAACAUCUUGGCUGUCAACAACAAGCUUUCGAAUACAUUGUUGCACUUUUCUGUCUUACACCGCAAGACAGUUGCGCUUCGUGGGGACUGUAUACUAUCAGAACAAUACCAUCGGAAAUAGAACACACACGCGUACUUUAAAACAUAUUUAUUUAAACUAUUCAAACGAUAAAAUAUAUAUACAUAACAAUCCUUCUGGUUUUCUCUCGUGCUUUCAGUCUGACAAUCAAUUCGAAGUCUAUUAUUUAUGACAUACGAUACAUUUCUUACGUCAAACGACUAAAUCAACUAUUGUUCGUUGUCCUACGGCGUUAUCAAUAGUAUAGUAUUACAAAUUAUUCUACAUACAUGACUAGUUUGGCUGUUCUUUGAGCGUCGUGUGUCCAAAAUUCGUGUGUCCAAAAGCCUUUUCAAAAUACUGUUUGUUUGAUUUAUUUUCUGCCAUAAAGCAUAAAAGAAAAGAAAUUCGAAGAAAUCGAUAAUGGAAUUUGUUACGUGCGUACUUUUGACCUUUAUAUUAAUUGUCGCCUAGAGCCUUGACCGAGCUAUUUUUAAAACUGUUGUUUAUGUGAACUUGCAACCAAUCAAAAUCCUUCAUGAUGCUGAUCAACCAAUCAGAUUUCCCGUCCACCAAAUGGACGGGAAUCCCACAGUUUAGAUAGGUUUUGUGUCAGGCCCUAUUCUGUGAUUAGGGCCUGAACUUCAGGUUAGGGAGAGACGGACUUGGAUACCCUGCAAGCGCGCCAAAUUUUACCGUUGGAUUUUUCCUACGGAGCGUGGCUUGCGAGUUGAGAACAACAACAAAUUUUCGCGCAAAUUUUUGCAAGUAACAUUCGAAAUGCUGCAAAUGUCCCAAGUCCGUCUCUCCCUACUUUUUUCCUGAGACAGACUUGAACCAAGUCUAUGUAAACACAAUAUCUAUUACUGUAUUAGUUUUCACCAUAUAUAGGCAUAUACCCUGUAGGCAUAGUGAAUUCCCUGGCACAUAAAAUCACGCAAGUUAAGCGACAAUUAGAAACAAACUUGUCAGUGCAUGACAUACAGUACUUACUACUUAGAAUAUUAAAUUGAAAUGUAAAUUAGUAAUUGUAGAGCGUAGUCUUAAUAACUUCAGCGUUUCGAGCUUUGAAGAAAGGGGUAGAUGUAGAAUUUCCAUAAACUGACACAUAUAUACUUCUUCCCGUUGUGUAAUUGAAUGAAUCGUGUUGAGUAAAGAACGAGGGAAACGUAUUAAUUCGGACUCUCACAAAUCAGGUUAAGUUAUUUCAAAGAACCAGAACAUUUAUACACUUCUAUACACAGUAUAUAUAUACGCGUGUUUCAUACACAUUGUUAGAUCCACUUCUUCGUUGUUAUUUCAAAGAACGAGGGAAACACAUUGAUUAACUAUCGUCUCUUACACGAAGCACAUUCCGAAUACAAUCAUGUUGCACAAAGCACGCAAAUUGUUUUAAAGAACGACGGAAAGAUGAUGUAA